UGUCUAAAUUGUACCCUUCUCGUAUCUACUACAAAAAGAGGAGGAUGCUUCCACAGUGCACCUCACUGCAGCCACCUGAGCCACUUAGCUGCGAGCGGGAGGCAAACGAAUUAAACUCAAGCGGAGCUUCCUCUGGUCAAUAACGCAGGUGUACCAGCGGCGCUCAGGAUUCCACAGAACCCCCGGAUCUGCGCGUCUAACCUGCGCUUUACAAGGGGUCUUGGCCUAUGAAUGGGACCGCGCCGUGCCCACUGCACCUCCCUCUGUCCCUGCCGUGACUAUGAAGCUCCUGGGUGCCGGCUUGAAUGCACUGGCCUGUGGUUUGCGAGAACAGGGAGGGCGGGGCGGGCGGCAGAGGGCGAGGUGGCGGCAGCGGGGGCAUGCCCCCGCCAUUCAAGAUCGCGGUGCUCGGGGCGCAGGGGGUGGGCAAGACGGCCAUUGUGCGCCGCUUCCUCUACGAUGAGUACAGCGAGACCCCCUCGCCCAGCCGCGCCCGGCGGGUUCACCUGUCGGCCGCCGUCCUCAACGGGCACGUGCACGACCUCCAGAUCACCGACUACCCGGCCAUCGCCACCUUCCCCGGCAGCAGCCUGCAGGAGUGGACGGACUCUUGCUGUCGUGGCAUCCGCAGUGCCCAUGUCUACAUCCUGGUCUACGACAUCUGUUGCUUUGACAGCUUCGAAUACGUCAAGACCAUGCGCCAGCAAAUCUUAGAGACCAGGGUUCUGGGCACAGCGGACACGCCCAUCCUGAUCGUGGGCAACAAGCGGGACCUGCAGCGCGGGCGGGUCAUCCCCCGGCACAACGUGUCGGACCUGGUGCGCAAGAGCUGGAAGUGCGGCUACGUGGAGUGCUCGGCGCAGUUCAACUGGCACAUCCUGCUGCUGUUCAGUGAGGCGCUGCGGAGCGUGGGCUGCGUCCGCUGCAAGCACAUCCACGCCACCAUCCGCUUCCAGAGGGCACUGCGCAGGGAGCGCUGCGCCCUCAUGUGACUCUGUGCCUGCUGUUUGUUUUGGGGGGGGGGGGGGACUGCUCCGCCGCAACGUGGAACUUCUGGGACACUGACCUCAACCCUUGCGUGACUGUGCAGUUACAGCUCUAUCCCGCCA